GCUAUGUCACUCAGUUCACAGAGGUUGUGUAAUAGCAUUAAUGGUAUUAAUUUUGUUUUAGUAAGAGUGGGUGUGAGAUAACCUCGCAAAUAGUCUCUUGUAUACCUAUUUGUAAACUAAAACCUCUGAAUCAGACAGCAAGCAACAGUCCGGAUUGACUAUUGAUGGCAUAAUAAGUGCUCCUGUAUCAGAAACACAUAAAGAGACAUAAUAACCCCCAGUUUAUACAAAUUACAAGACAACUGCCAAGUAGAAAACAAAAUACAACUAAGUGACUUGGCUUUUCCCAUCGGGCUUGUCAUAAUUCUUGAAAUCUAAAGACGUCUCAGGAAAUUCCUCAAAUAUCGGAGUGAGUGCAUCAGCAUUUUGGCAACAUAGCUUGGAAAGAACAAGCUUCUCUGUGCUGUACUCAUUAUGGCCGACACUGGAAACAGCUCAUCCAAUAUUACAAAUACCACUGACAGAUCUAUUUAUGUGACUUACUCUGUGGUGUCUUGUUUUGCUGUUGUUCUCUGCCUACUUGGAUUGGUAGGGAAUGCUUUUGUUAUCUGGGUUCUUUCCUUUAACAUAAAGAGGAACAAAUACACUGUGUAUAUUCUUAACCUUGCAGUUGCUGACUUUAUCUACCUCUUAUUUUCUGCCGUUGUCAUGUUCUUAAUGGCUGAUCAAAUGAUAAACCUCCGCUUCCAGACAAGAGCCACUCUACAAGCCUUAGAAGUAAUGUAUGAUUUUGGGUAUUCCGCAGGUAUGUUCUUCCUGACUGCGAUAAGCGUAGAAAGAUGCCUCUCUGUCCUCUUCCCAAUAUGGUACAAAUGUUACCGUCCAAAACACUUAUCGGCCUACUCCUGUGGAGGGAUCUGGCUGCUGGGCGCUCUCUUGUCACUUCUGGAUAACUUUGUCUGCCCUGCAGAAGCCUUUGAGGGUAUGACAAUAGAAUGCACUGGGGUCCAGGUGUUCUCCCUGGUCCUCACUUUUGUUUUCGUCAUUCCUUUGAUGCUCGUGACCAGUUUCAUUUUAAUCUACAUCGUUAAAACAACAUCCAAAAAAUCCCGACCUCCCAAGAUCUAUGUGGCCAUAAUUGUUACUGUCCUGGUUUUCCUCAUUUCUGUGACACCCAUCAGACUGUUAUGGUUUUUACUUUAUUUUAAGUCAUUCACCAGUAAAAUCUCAGCUCUUGCGCUGUUUUUUACCAGCACAUACUGUACUUUGUUCAACAGCAGUGCAAACCCUUUCAUUUACUUCUUUGUAGGUAGGCAGAGGAAGAAGAGAUUUGGAGGUUCCAUCAAUGGAGCACUCAGUAGGGUGUUUAAGGAUGAUGACACUGAGCAGUCAUCUGGGCUUGAUGGGAAUACUAGUACUACUAGCAUGCCCUAGUAACGUCAUAUAUGUCCAAAUAAGAUGAUUAUGUUUAAUCAUGUUGAAGCUUUUUCUUUACGAAAGUAAAAUAGAUAUGAUGCAAAAACAAGGGAAUGUGUAUUUGUCUAGAUUAAAUCAUGGCAGUUAAAUAGCCCUCAAUGUGAGUUUGUACGUAGGCUGAAUACUAGAUACAGCACCAUAAACUCUUUUGGAUUUUUAUUUAUUUAUCACAUGUACCAUAUUAUAAUUGCACUUUAAUACUUGGCUAACUUACAACAAUAACACAUUUGAGUUUCUGGAAAUAGAUUACAUAACCUCAUUUGGCUUUAAAAGACGAUAAACUCAGAUACAUCAUGAAGUAAGACAAUACUCUAUGGUUAUAAUCUGCUAGAAUCCACAAAUUGCAUGGCAGACACAGAGAUUGCUCAAAACCUAAUGACUAAUGUGUCAAAAGACUCUACUAUGUAGUGACCAUAUAGAAGACAGCACAAUUUGCUUGUAUCUGGAAGUAGGACUGUGCUAGUUGGCACUGCCCUAGGCAGUGUCCUGCAUAAAUGGCAGCAUAGCAGCACAUAUCCUUGCCAAUCAAUCAAGCACUUUCUCUGCCAUUACUCUUACUGGAAAAUUAGUAGUUAUCAAAAAUCAAGUACCAACAAAAAGACACACACACACACACACACACACACACACACACACAUAUAUAUAUAUAUAUAUAUAUAUAUAUAUACAUAUAAGUAGCGGUAAGGUUCGGCACUCAAAUGGGUAAAUAACAAAAUACUUGCUGCGGUGCCCUCUGCGAUCUGUAGCAAGAUCCAUGCAAUAUGAAGAGGAAGUCAGCGGCACUCAGCAGACGGAUUGAUGAAAUAAAG